GUUUGUAUAAGUUUUAUGAUUAUUUGACCUGUUCAAGAGGCACACAGUGUGAUGAGCUCUAAUAAUUCCUUAAUUGUUAUUUAAUGACACUUUUUGUCUGAAAAUGGGUCUUAACAGUGUGACACAAGCCGUCCUUUUUACAAGUCUUGUAACGGCCAUUACCGUUUUCAGUUCCUACUUGUACCAGAAAUGGAAACAAGUCAAAAUACCCUCGAAUUGGGAACAAAUUGGAAGCGUGAAAAAACUUCAUUUGUAUCCACUUAAAAGCGGACAUCGAGUCGAAUUACAAAGGGCCGAAGUAACAAAAGUCGGACUCAGAGAGGUCAAAGAGGACGUAAAGUUUUUCCAGCUAAGAGACAGGGUGUUGAUAGUUUAUGGAGCCAAAGAUCAUGAAUUCCGCACUGCUCGCAUCUACCCCAAAAUGGUCCUUAUUAACGUUUCGGUGCACGAUGAAGAUCAUUUUGCCAUAGAUGCCCCCACAAUGAAGACACUCUACGUUAAAAUACCCAACCGAAAAGACAACGCCGUUACUAAAGUCAAGUGUUGCUACAACGAAUACAUUGAAGCGAUCGAUUGUGGGGAUGAGGCUGCUGAUUGGUUUUCUCGAUACACAAACGAGCGCGAUUUUCGCUUAAGACUGGGCUACAACGAUGCCAAUCAACAACGCGACAUUACUAAAAGUCAUUACAAACUUCUCAAUUACUACAAGAAUUUAAGCAACCAAUCGACUGGUUUGUUUGCAGACUUGGCGAGUGUCACUGUCAUCAAUCAACAGUCGGUUCAUGAUUUAAAUAAACGAAUUGGUAACAAUUCGAAUGUCACUGUUGAAAAUUUCAGACAUAAUAUUAUCGUUGAUGGCCCUGAUUUGCAACCUUAUGAUGAAGACAAUUGGGAUUGGAUAAAAGUUGGUGAUAAUGUUAUAAUGAGAAAUGUUAAAGAUUGCACAAGAUGUCUCCGGACUACUAUUUCGUCUGAAAACGGAAUUAGGGAUAUUAAUAGACAACCUUUGAAAACAUUGGAAACAUAUCGGAAACACUCCGGACCUGAAAACGAACCUAUAUUGGGAACGUAUUUGGAAGUGGCAAAAAUUGGACUUAUUAAUGUAGGCGAUCCCGUAUAUAUUGCCAGGAAAUAGGAAAAUCCAUAAAGACAUCUAGAUCUAUGUGUAGGAGAACAAUAUUACAUAGUUCUUGGACAUCCGUGUAUUCAGAAUACAUCAAAUUAAGCUUGUUAUUAUCUAUUACUAAGACGUAAUAGCUCCUAUGCUCUCAACCCGUGUAAAAAAACUCUGGUGUGAACAUCACACGACUUUCCUUAUCCUACUUAUUUUGGAAAAAAAAUUUACGACAAUAAUUUAGUGUUAGAAAUCUGAGUAGCAAAACCUGCCGGAUUACACGCGAAAUAGAUCAUAAUUGUUGCAAGUUCGAGUCUUGGGUGCAUUUUUUUUUUAGUUUGCUACCCAUUAUUAUUUUUAUUUUAUCACAUUUUACUGUUUAAUAAGGUAUAUUUUAUGAUUUUAAAUAGUUUUUAUCCCCAUAAGAUGUUUCUAAAAAGUGAGGUUAGGUAAGUAACAUUGAUUAUGACGCCGCCUGAAUAAAAUGAAAUUUUUUUUUUGUACUUGUUAUUUAUUUAUUUGAAAUAAAAGUGUUUUCUUUUUUA